AGAAAUGUAAUAAAAUAUUUUGAUAACUUGUCAAAAUAAAAAGUUUUUAGAAAUAAUUAUCUUUUAAUUAGUUUUUAACUAAUUUUUUUAUUAUACCAAAGAAAUGAAGAUAGUCAAUAUAAUAAUAAAGUAUAGUUUAUUAUAGUGUAUAGUUAAAAAUAGUAUAAAAAUAUGUGAUAUGAUAACAAGUUAUGAUGUCUUUUGUGUGAAGACAAAAAGAAUAGAUGAAUUGAUGACACAUUAAUAUAUAUUUACUUUCUUAGUUUUUAUUUUUUUCUUUUUUUAAGAAAAAAUGAUCUGUAAAAUACGUAUUUCAUUUAAAUUUAUAUUUAUACUAGUUAUCCUUCUUUUAUUAAUUCAGUUAUAUUUAUUUUAUAAUGCCAAACUUUUAAACGAGGAAGAUAAAAAUAUACCUGUGAUAUUGUGGUGGACACCUUUUGGUAAUAAUGGAUUGACAAAAAUAUGUGGAUACAGUCAAUGUUAUUUUACAUAUAAUCGUACAUACGAAAAUAACUCUAGACUAAAAGCUAUUUUAUUUUAUGGAAGUAAUUUCCAAAUUAAUGAUUUACCAAAGUGGAGAUCUGCAUUUGUGCAAUGGGGUUUGAUCCACGAAGAAUCUCCUAGAAAUAAUCCUAUAUUCGUGCAUGACAAAGCUUUAAAUCUUUUUAAUUAUUCCUCAACAUUUAGUAGAUUUAGUAAUGUACCACUUUAUUCCGUCGAUUUACCCGAUAAAGAAGAACUAUUAGGAAAGAAAUAUUUUGUAUCGACUAAAGAAAAAACAGCUUUGAUUGAAAAUGAAAAUUUAGCACCAUUAUUGUAUAUUCAAUCGGAUUGUAAUACUGCUAGUAAUAGAGACUCAUAUAUUUUAGAAUUAAUGAAAUACAUUAGAAUUGAUUCUUAUGGUUCAUGUAUAAAUAAUGCUCGUCUAAAUGAAAGGUUAAAAAAUAAUUAUUUAGAUAAAUUAAAUAACAAUGAGUUUCUAUCGUUUGUGGCAAAGUACAAAUUUACAUUAGCUUUUGAGAAUGCUGUUUGUAAUGACUAUAUUACAGAAAAACUUUGGAGACCACUUGUCGUAGGAUCUGUACCUAUUUACUAUGGAUCUCCUUCAUUUAAGGAUUGGUUACCAAAUAAUAAGUCUGCAAUUUCAGUAUUAGAUUUUUAUGAACCUAAAGAAUUAGCAAAUUUUCUAUUUCAUCUUUUAAAUAACGAUAUUGAAUAUGAAAGAUAUUUAAUUCAUAAAAUUGGAAGAGAUGAAGAAAGAUUAACGAAUAAUCGAUUAUUAGAUAUAUUGAAAAAAAGAUCUACGAAAUAUAAUUUUGGUUAUUACGUAGAAGAAUAUGAAUGUUAUGUUUGCAAACAAAUACAUAAUACUCAAAUUAAAGAAGAAAUAAGUAUAGUUUCAAAGAAACAUUAUGAUUGCCCUUUACCAAUAAAUUUAUUAUCAGGUAAAACAGAUAAGAAUAAUUUUUGGGUAAAUCAAUGGAACUUAGAAAAAUGCGGGGCAAAAUUAUUAGAACAUUAUGUAUUAAAUAAUAUAACUAUCGAUAUUAAAAAGUAUAAUGAUGAAAAAUUUGAAUUAUAUAACAAAAAUGAUUGUUAAAGAAUUAUUCAUAUAUCAUUUAUAUACAAAUUAUGACUGCAUUAUUCAGUAUAAUAAAUUUGAAAAGGUAGGAAAGAAAGAAUACAAUGAAGUUGCUUACGCUUGAUGCUUGAUGGAUGAAAAUGUGCUACUAUUUCUGUGUCUUGCAAAACAGGAAUGUUUUAUUUUAAGCCUGUAUUGAGAUCUGUGUAUGUAACUUGAUUGGUGUUAUCAUUACUCAAAUUAAUUAGACUUACAUUCAAAUGUGUAUAAUGUUAAAUUGCAUAAUAGAAAAUAAGUGUUCACCUGAGUAUUAGUAUUUGUAUAUUAAAAGUAUCUAUUAAUUUGCAAAUUUAGCUUGUAAAACUGGUGCAGGCACUUUCAUUAAUUCACACAGAUGAUUUCUUAUAGGCCUUAAUUCAGUAACUGGUUGUUCCCAAUCUGUGCCAUUUAAUUCUGUCAAUAUACUUGCCAAGUCUUCCUCGGAUAAGUCCAUUUCUUCUCCAUAGAGCGUUAAUGCUUCAUAAGUACGUAUAGCUGUUACUUUGCGUAAACAUUUAUAUUUGUGGCAUAAAAAUAUACUUAAUUGACAAAAUGCUCUUUUUCCUAUAAAGCCAUGCACCUAUAAA